UUAAAAUAUUAUCAGUUUUAGAAAAUGAGUUAUUAUGGUGAAGAAAAUGAUAGAGUGAGUGGUCUUUAUGAGGUUUCAGUGAGAGGUAGUGUGUGCGAGUUAGAGUCUCUAAUAGUGCGAGACCCUCUUAUCUUACACAAGCUUUCGUUGAGAAGCUUCACCGAAACUCCCUUACACGUCUCAGCUUUACUUGGUCACUUUGACUUCACCAAGUGUCUUCUCUCUCACAAACCUCAACUGGCCCUUGAGUUAGACCACUCCAAACGCACCCCUCUUCAUCUGGCUUCAGCUGAGGGCCAUGCAGAGAUUGUGCACGUGCUGUUGCAAGCGUGUGAACACGCGUGCUUGAUGAGUGACCAAGAUGGGAGAAUCCCUCUCCACUAUGCAGCAAUGAGAGGACGAAGAGAGGUGGCAAGAGAGUUGAUUCGAGCCAAGCCUGAGUCAGUGAUGGUGCUUGAUGGCUCGGGAAAAACUAUGUUGCACCUUUGUGUUGAACAUAAUCACUUGGACACCCUCAAAACAUUAGUGCAAGAGGGCCAUGUCGGCCACAAUUUUCUAAACUUUGGAGACUUCAAUCGUGGGAAUACCCUCCUCCAUUUGGCUGUUAUGUUCAAGCAAAUUCAGACCGUAAGGUACUUACUUUCGAUACCCAAAAUAAGAGAAGAAGGGAAUAUUAAGAACAAUAUGGGUUAUACUGCUUUGGACAUGCUAGAGCACGGUACAAGAGACUUUAAAAGUCUUCAAAUGCAACUCAUGUUGAUGGACGCUGGCAUCAUCAAGAACAAUGAACAUAAUAACCAAGUAGACCACACACUAUCAACAACCAUAACUGUUGUUCCACCAAUGACAAUAGCUGAUCCAAAUGCAAAGUGUUGGAGCAAGUUUUUGAAGGGUAUGAAUAAGUUCUUACAACAUAAGAGUGGUAGGUUGGAAGAAAUGAGAGGCAUGCUGAGUUUGGUAGCUACAAUGAUCUCAAGCAUGACCUUUAAUGUUGUGAUGAACCCACCAGGUGGUCAUAUGAGCCCAGCAACAUUUUAUAUGACACGAGAAAUAACUACGAGUUUCAUAACGUACAACACUAUUGCUUUCAUUGCAUCGCUUAGUGUUACUCUCUUACUUGUGAGUGGUGUCCCCUUAAAGAACGAAGUCACCAUGGGGAUAUUAUCAAUAGGCACAGGUGUCACUCUCACAUUUCUUAUGCUUACUUACAUAUAUGCCCUGUUUUUGUGUCCAUAUACCUUUCCUUAUACGGGAAGUUUAUCUAUGUUUUUUUCUUGGCUUGGACUUGUUGGAGUAAUCGUUGUAUUCACCAUAACCCGCUUAGUUUCUUGGUUAGUGAAGAAGAUUUUAUAACACGGAGUAGAGGUUCAAUACUGGAUUUGGGAAUCACUCAUCGGUUGAAUUUCGCCAUUAUGUAAUACUUCUUGAGACAUUCCUAGUCUAUCUAAUGUAAAAUAAACACUUAUGAUUAGUGUGA